AUGGGAAAAAUUCCAUUGGUGAUCGGGAUGCCAGUGAUGAUCGGUCAGAAUUUCGAUGUCGGUGCAGGUAUUGUGAAUGGCUGUAUAGGCAAACUUGAGAGCAUUCGAUUUGUUCUGGACAACAAUAAUCAGCGGCAUGUUACAUCUUGUAUAGUUCAUACUCCAUCGACUUCAGGUGACCCUCUGCCUCAUUUAGCUGCCCAUCGCUCGGUCGUCCUACCAGACACUGUCAAUAUGUCAUUU